CUCUCGAGCAGCUGCUCACAGAACUUGAAGAUUUUCUGAGGAUACUGGACAAGGAGAGCUUGAGCAGCACUGCUGUUGUGAAGAAGAGCUUCCUCUCCGACCUUCUGCGGGUCUACACCAAGUCCAGUGGUGGCGAUGAGGAAUAUAUUUAUAUGAACAAAGUGACCAUCCAUAACCAGCAGGGUGACCAGGAGAAACAAGACACAGCGCUGGAUCGGAGAAACUCCUUGACCAAUGGAGACUCGGGACUGCAUUCGUCCCCUCCUCAGAAGAGCCUGCCGGACCUGCCCCCUCUAAAGAUUCCUGAAACAAAACAACCUCCGGUCCCCAAGCUCGAAUCCCCAGAGGGGUAUUACGAAGAGGCUGAGCCAUAUGAUGUCUCUCUGAACGAAGAUGGUGAAGCUGUUAGUAGCUCCUAUGAAUCUUAUGAUGAAGAAGAGAGCAGCAAAGGCAAGUCAGCAACCCAUCAGUGGCCAUCCACAGAGGCCACCAUUGAGCUGAUGAAGGACGCCCGCAUCUGUGCAUUCCUGUGGAGAAAGAAGUGGCUGGGACAGUGGGCAAAACAGCUGUGUGUUAUCAAGGACACCAGGUUGCUGUGCUACAAGACCUCCAAAGACCACAACCCUCAGCUCGACGUGAAUUUGCUGGGCUGCACUGUCAUUCACAAGGAAAAGCAAGUGAGGAAGAAAGAGCACAAGCUGAAGAUCAUCCCCAUGAACGCCGAUGUCAUCGUGCUGGGGCUGCAGAGUAAAGACCAGGCAGAACAGUGGCUCAGGGUAAUCCAGGAGACCAGCGGUCUGCUGUGCGAAGGAAGCGGAGAAGGCAACCAGUACAUCCCAGAUUCACAGCGUCUCAGUUACCCAAAGGUAGAGGUGUCUGAGAGGUACUCUGCAGCCUCCGAGAGUGGGAGCAGCACGGACGGCCACCCAGAGACAGCCGAGACAAAAGACGUUAAGAAGAAGGGCACAACUGGCCUGAAACUGAGCAACCUGAUGAACCUUGGGCGGAAAAAAUCCAGCUCCCUGGAUAGCCCAGAGAGAUCCCUGGAGACUUCAAGUUACCUGAAUGUACUAGUGAACAGCCAGUGGAAGUCCCGUUGGUGUCAGAUAAAAGACGGCCACCUCCAUUUCUACCAGGACAAGAACCGAAGCAAACUGGCUCAGCAGCCCCUGAGUUUGGCAGGUUGUGAAGUUAUCCCAGAGCCAAGCCCUGAUCAUCUCUACUCCUUCCGCAUCCUGCACAACGGGGAAGAACGGGUCGUUCUGGAGGCGAAGUCCUCGGAAGAAAUGGGCCACUGGCUGGGCCUCCUCUUGUCGGAGUCAGGUUCGAAAACAGACCCAGAGGAAUUUACCUAUGAUUAUGUGGAUGCUGACCGGGUUUCCUGCAUUGUGAGCGCCGCAAAGAACUCCUUCUUCUUAAUGCAGAGGAAGUACUCUGAGCCCAAUGCCUAUAUCGACAACCUGCCAAAGGGCAGGAUGGAGGAGGAGGAGCUGUACGAUGACGUGGAUCUGCCAGACCUGCCUGCGGAAGAAGUACCCAAGACUGAGAGCAAAUUGGAAGGAGACCAAGACAGAGUGUACCUGGAUCUCACCCCAGUGAAGUCCUUCCUACACUGUGCUGGCAAGAAGGCAUGCCAGCCUUCACCCCUCAGCUCACCAUCUUUAGAAAGGGCUUCCAACAAGGCUGCAGCAGAGAGCACAGCCGAGACAGCCCUCGUGCCUAAGGAAGCCGAGCCCUGUAGUAAGGCGACGGAGACCUCGGAGCAGAAACACCCAGAGAAGCCGGAGCCCGACGAGGCACCACCACAGAUGCCUGCCAUCAAAAUCCAGACGCAGCAGCAGAACAUCGCCUUCCCCCAGCCGGCCCCUGAGCUGCCGGCGGUCACAGUGACGGUGGGCAGUCCCCAGCUUGUGCCCGCACACCGGCCCAAGCUACCGCUGCCGGCAGCAGCAGUGGAAACCAAGCUGGGCAAGAACAGGACAGAGGCGGAGGUGAAGCGGUUUACAGAGCAGAAGGAGCAGCUGGAGAAGGAGAAGGAUGAAAUCCGGGCUCAGCUCACCCAGCUGCGCAAGGAGAGGCGGGAGCUGAAGGAAAUGCUUGCAGGCAGCACAGACAAGGUCCUGGAGCAGAGGCUGAAGGAGAUAGAAGAAGAGUGCAAAAGGAAGGAGAGCCAGAGGGUGGACCUGGAGCUGAGCCUGGUGGAGGUGAAGGAGAACCUGAAGAAGGCAGAGUCUGGCCCUGUGACGCUGGGCACUACCGUGGACACCACGCACCUGGAGAACGCAGCCCCCCGG